AUGCGCUUCUCCAAUAUUGCCCUCACCGCUGCGGCCGCUGUGGCCAAUGCCCAGCGUCCCUCAGACACGCCCAUCUGCGAUUACUAUACCACGGCUCUCCUCAAGAACAACACUGCCGACAACCAGGCAACUCUGCUGACUCUCCUCGUCAACACUGUUGUCAUUGGCAACUACACCAUGCCCAAUGUCAACGUCUCUGUCCCGGGCAUUCUCAAACCUGGCGAAUAUGACGGCACCAAGGUCAACUUGGCCCCGUACUUCAAUGGAGCCCUCGCCUCUAGCAACCGCAACAACAAGGCCAGCUGCGUCAACUUCCUCGACGGCGGCGGCGCCGAGCCCCUGAUGAAGAACAUGCCCGCUAACGACAACAAGUCCAACCAGUACUUUCUCCUCACCCACCUGUACCAGUUCUUCGGUACGCUGCUCGGAUGCUCCAAGCAGGGCAUGCCCGGCUUCGACGCCUACGGCGGAAAUCCGUCCAUGUACAAGGUGCACAAGUUCAUGAAUCUGGGCCCGGCCGAGAUGGGCUACUUCAUCACGCAGGUCGGCAUGGCGGCCGCCUCGUUCGGCGUCGCCAAGGACGACAUUGCCAUCGUCGCAAAGGCUCUGGGAGAUACCUUCAACAUGCGCUGCAGCGCCCCCGCCGAGGUCAUCAAGGGCAAGGGCGCCCAGCCCCAGGCCAUCUGCAUCAAGGCCAGCUGCCCCGAGGCCAAGGAUGCCAUGUGCAACGCCUAUGACCAGGCCAUGGCGCCCGGUAACUGCUCCAUGACCUCGUCCGGCUCUAUGAUGCCCACCGGCACCAGCUCCAUGACCGGCUCUGCAACCGGCUCCGCAACCGGCUCCGCAACCGGCUCCAUGACCGGCUCCGCGACCGGCAGCAAACCUACCUCGACCUCGCCCCCUUCAACUGGCUCCGGCAAUGUCAACAGCUUUGGCCUCGCUGCCGCUGUUGCCGCCAUUGCCGCCUAUGUUCUGUGA